GCUUUUUUUUUUUUUACCAGCGGAGAAGCGGGGAGAGCAGGGCCCUUCUUUGGAGGAGAGGCUCCAAAACUUGUCUGCCGUGGAGACGCAGAGGCAAAGAAGUCAUUUGUUUAAGUCAUGGGAAUCUUUUUUUUCCCUGAAACUGCCUCAGGGGUUUUGAACCUCUAGGGCUUGCAGUUCUAAGUGCAACAAUUAAAAGUUUGGGAUAUUUAGGGAGCUCUGCAUAGCUGUUUUUCCUCUUUCAUAGUUCCGUCAUACCUUUUAAUUAAUUCCCUUUAAUUGCUUUUAAUUUCCUUUCCUCCUUACUUCUCCCUCAGUAUAACUAGCGCUGUCAUCCUUUUAGUUUGCCUUUCAAGUUGGAGGCUCUGUGUUUGAUUUCGCUUCACCCACGUCGUGUCUUGCAGCUAUUUAAUUCCUGGAAAGCUUCAGCUCCAGCGAUUAAAAUCUAAGUGGAUUCAGAGAACCUAAAAGGAUCGCAUGCUUCAUGGCUUUCUCUUUAUUAACAUGAGAGGGAAACAAAGCGUAAUAAAAGAUCCAUCUUGCCUGGGCAAGGGCCACUUUCCAUCACUUGUACUUUUGUGGUACCGUCACAGUGUGGAUGUUCUUAGUCACCGGUAACAAGAUAAAGAGCAUCCUGCUAUCUAGUGCUGGCGGGCUUCUGAGAGGGGCUGCUGGGAUGACACACGGCCCUGUCUCGUUCUGUUCUGCUCUCAGAUGCUCAGCAGGGCUCCCAGGUGCCUUUGUGGGCAGCCCGUACCCCAGUUCUCCUUUCCUUUGGGGUUGUAGGACUGGGGCACGGCCCGCGGGCUGGCGGGGAGGGAAGCAGGGCACUGCUUUCGACUAGCCUGUUAUUAAAAUUUUGACAUUUGUCUCUGAUAGCUCUCAUUCUUAAUGUGCUCGAAAGGGCAUGGUGCAUUCUGGUGGAGGUACUUUCCAGCCCAGUCAAAAAUAAAAGCAAGUAAAACCGCUGACAGCCACCCAGAAGGGUCCUAGGGACUUGGACCCAGCCCUCAGCAGGUGGAUAUCAGCGUAGCUCCGUGGGGCCUGGCCAAUGUGCUCUAUCUGAACAGCUGGCUCGGGGAUGGGAAUCGUGUGUUUAAAUUUUCUACACCCUCUCUUCUCGAGUGGCAUCGCUAUUGCUUUAUCUGAUCUACCCUCAUUUACUGCUCCUCCAUUUGUAGUGGUAUCUAAACACAGCACUGCCCAGACCUAGCAGGCCUUCAGGCCCUCCUUGGCAGCUUUCCUCCCGACUGCUGAAGGAUGAACGCUUCCAGUGCUAUCAUUAAUUGCCUCCAAGGACUGCAGGAGUGAGAGAGGGAAAUGCUGAGCACUGGGCUGCGCUGGUGUCCGGCAUCGGGGUCUCCGGGGAUGGUCUUGGCUGAAGUGGUGGGGGCAUCUGCGAGGAUGAGGUGACCAGUGCUGUGUUUGGAUCACUGCAGCCAUAAUCCUGUCUGGAACUGCCCCUAUUGCCUGCUUCAUCCUGUACGGCUGUGUUGUGCCUGUAAAGCCCCUGAGGAGUUAACGCUGGGGUUGUGGUGGAGGGGAGGGUCUUGGUGGGCUGUGCCUGGGGUAGGGCAGGCUUGUGGGUCAGCACUAUGGGGGCUGGGGGAGGAAAUUAUUUGGGCUAAUCUAGGUGCUAGAGCGGAAAGAAACAGCUGAGUUUGGGUGGAAAGUAUGAUAGCAGAGUGAGCAGCGGGAGGAACACAGCCCUGGGGCUUACGGGUGCCAAGAAGAGCGGCACUACGGACAAACAGACCUCUUGCCACCAAAAGGACUGACUCACGCUGCUGAGGAAGCUCAGCGUGGAUUAUUGCUGUCCUGCUAGCAGCCUGAAUAGCAAUGCUGGCAGUAAAGCAGCCGACCCCAAUCAGAAGCCCAUUUUGGUGGGUGAGACCAGGGAGGGGGGCAGGUGGGAGAUGUUUGGUGCUGGGCUGGAAGCCGCAGGGUGUGUUUUUGGAGCUUGAAGCAUGCAGGAGCUGGUUUCUUUGGCUGCUGACAUCCCUUCUGUAGGGUGGUGCAGGGCUUUUUAGGGGACCCCUGGUAGGCAGCCCCUCGUUGACAAGGGAGAAGGGUUACGGCUCGUACCGCCCUGUCCAGGUGGGACCCAGGGUGGCCAGGAGUUGGUGGCAGCUGGGUUAGGCCCCAGACUGUCCUGCCCCCGGUUUGGGAGCCCAGGCCUGAAGCAGCUCAGGAGCAGACAGUCACCAAGAGGUGGUGUUUUGCAGCGAGCUGAUCUGAGGGCUCUAUGCCUUUGCAUCUGACAGUGAAUUACGCCGGUGAGAGCAAACCUCCCGAGGUGCUGAGGUGGCAGCGGCGCACGUUGCUGCAGUGGCUGAGUGGCAGUCACUUGGGAGCUUCCAGGUCCCCAUCUGUCUGGGCAUGUCCUCGUGCUGCCAUCAGGGAGCCUGGGGACAGCAGCUGGCUGCAGGCUCAGCCCGGGUCCUGAGCACAGUACCUUCUUCUCGGGACACCAGGGAGCAGCUCGUGCACCUUCACAGCAUCCUCCACCGAUCCCCAGGGUGUGGUGAGGGGAUGCGCGUCCCCCGUGUGGCACUUCUGUCCCCAGUACAGGCCCCAGAGGGAAGUUUUGGGGAGCCACAGCAGCCGAGGCGGACCCGUGGCCACUCAUGCGCGAGGCAAGGCGCUUUGUCCUCCCAGCAGGAGCCGGGUCAGGUUGUUGACCGUGCAUCCCUUGGCACACCGCUCCGACUCCUCCUGCUCCCGUCUCAAUAACCCGAGGGCCGCGGGUUGCCAAGGCCUCCCCGUUGCUAUAGCGAGGCGAGACAGGGCCGAGCGCUGCCUUCCUCCACCACCCAGCUUCUCCUAAUCGCACCUGAAACGCACGCCACACGUUUCACCGAAAUUAAUAUUUCAUGGCCUUAAAAAAAACAAAAAAAAAAUUAAUUAUCAAGGCAUUUUCCUGUUGAAUCAACUUAAGAGUCUCUCCGGCUGGAACGAGUUUGCGGCACUAACUGUGAAGUUAAAAUAUUUAUCUUCAUAAACGUGUCACCCGAGCCGUGCUCUUCCUCUCAGGGUAAUUAGUGCAAGGCAUGUUAGCCCAAUCAGCAAGGUGCCUGGGAGACACAGAUUUGCCUCUCGCUUCUGGGCGUGGUGAGGAGAUGAUUUAUUAAACGGAUUGGAGAGCCGUGAGUCUGGCCAGACCUCUGAGCAAAACUGCGGCGGAAAGGGGAAGAAAAAGAAAAAAAAAAAAGGUGAAGCGUUUGCAGGCAGGGUUAUUUCAGCAGAGUCGGUUGCUGACUUUGAGGCAUCCUCUGCCGAAGCUGUGCGGACCCAGGGAGCACCCAGCUGUGGGAGGCAGUCCUGGUUUUAAUUUGGUACACCUGGGGACUUGGAUUGCUUUAAUAAGGAUUCAGGCUCCAAGGCUGAUCCUGCUGAAAGCCCCUGAGAUACUGACCUCUAUGGGAACUGAGACCACUUGACUGCACUCAGCACCUUUCAGGAUCGGGUCCCAGGGCACUAAAUGAGAAUAUGGCCAAUGGCAUUGAAGAUCUUAUCGGGAUCCCAUUCCCAAACCACAGCAGCGAAGUCCUGUGUGGUUUAAACGAGCAGCGGCAUGACGGUCUCCUCUGCGAUGUCAUCCUCAUCGUGCAGGACCAGGAGUACCGGACCCAUCGGUCUGUCCUUGCUGCCUGCAGCAAGUACUUCAAAAAACUCUUCACUACUGGCACUUUAACAGACCAGCCCUAUGUUUACGAGAUUGACUUUGUCAAGCCUGAAGCACUUUCUGCCAUCCUCGAGUUUGCCUACACCUCGACCCUCACCAUCACCACCUCAAAUGUCAAGCACAUCCUCAGCGCUGCCAAGAUGCUGGAGAUCCAGUGCAUUAUCAACGUAUGCCUUGAAAUCAUGGAGCCCGACAGAGAGGUGGAAGAGGAAGAUGACAAAGAGGACGACGACGAUGAGGAGGAUGAAGACGAAGAUGAGGAGGAGGAGGAGGAGGAGGAGGAAGAAGUGGAAGAUUUUGUCAAUCAGGAGAACCUAACUGAUGUCCAAGAAGUAAGCUGUCACCAAAGCCCUUCUAAGUCUGAUCUUACCGAAGAAGCAUACACAGAAGCACCUAAAGACUUUCCAAAUCACUACCCAGCCAGUAACUCCUCCGGACACUUGGGUGUGAUACGAGACUUCUCCAUCGAGUCCUUGCUAAGGGAAAACUUGUACCCUAAGGCGAACAUCCCGGAAAGGAGGCCAGCUCUCUCUCCUUUCACCCCCAGCUUCUUCCCCCAUCUGUGGAACGGCGAUUUUAGCGCCUUUCCCCAGCUCGAAGAGCCACAAGUAGACAACGGCCCCUUGGAUCUGGUGAUCAAAAAGAGGAAGAUCAAGGAAGAGGAGGAGAAGGAAGACCUGCCUCCACCUCCUUUCCCUAAUGACUUCUUCAAGGACAUGUUUACCAACACCCCAGCGGCUCCCUUAGGGCACAUUAAGGCAGAGACCGACUAUGGCGCUUAUCUCAAUUUCCUCAGUGCUACCCAGUUCGGAGGAGUUUUUCCUCCCUGGCCCCUGGAGGAAGAGAGGAAGAUAAAGCCCAAGGCGUCCCAGCAGUGUCCCAUCUGCAACAAGGUCAUCAUGGGGGCCGGGAAGCUGCCCCGGCACAUGAGGACCCACACGGGGGAGAAGCCGUACAUGUGCACUAUCUGUGAAGUCCGCUUUACCAGGCAGGACAAGCUGAAAAUCCACAUGCGGAAGCACACGGGGGAGCGGCCGUACCUGUGCAUCCACUGCAACGCCAAGUUCGUGCACAACUACGACCUGAAGAACCACAUGCGCAUCCACACGGGCGUGCGGCCCUACCAGUGCGAGUUCUGCUACAAGAGCUUCACCCGCUCCGACCACCUCCACCGCCACAUCAAGCGGCAGAGCUGCCGGAUAGCGCGGCCGCGGCGGGGCCGCAAGCCGGCGGCGUGGCGGGCGGCCAGCCUGCUCUUCGGCCCCGGCGGCCCGCCGGUGGACAAGGCCUUCGUGAUGCCCCCAGCGCUGGAGGAGAUGAGCGGCCACCUCGGCGGCGCCGCCGUGUGCCUUCCCGGCCCCAGCCCCAAGCACUUUAUGAGCGGGGCCAAGACGGCGUUCAGCCUGCAGGAGCUGGAGAGCCAGUUCGAGGACACCCAGAUGAAGCUGCUCAGGCGAGCCCAGCUGGACAUGGAGAGGAACGCGAGCAUUUUCGCCUUCGCCCUAGGCCACAACGAGAACCUCGCGGCCCAACCUUUCUUCCCGCUCCCCGACCCUUGGAGCACGGGCUUCAGCGGCCUGGCGGGGCUCGGCCACGUGGCUCCAAUCUCGGAGGGCAACAACUAGCCCCGCCGGGGCGCCGCUGCCUCCCUCGCCCACCACAGGACCACCAAGAGAGCCAACCCCGCGCCGGACACGGCCUGCUGCCACCCGCGACCACCAGCGCUUUAGACUCAGCGAUGCGCUCGGUGGCCCCAUCCGGGAAGGCCAGGCCAGGGCUGCUGCUCUCCUCAACACUCCCAAAAAUGUCACUUGCCUUACUCUGGGGCACGGCCACCCCCCUGGGACCGCUCUGCCGGGGGACCCACGGGGGGCACUGGACGCCCUCAAGCCGUCCAGACUUGGUUUUGAUAUGUUACAUUCCUUGGCCCUUUUGGCCAAAAGGACUUUUGGGGGUUAUUGCUUUUGGUUUUGGUUUUGUUUUCAGUUAAAUUCCCAUGUCUGAAAACAAAACUUUAUUCCAAGAGGGGUCCUGGUGGAAGAGCGGGGUGAGCGGGGCAGCUCUGCACUGCCACAGCCUGGAGAGAUAAGGGGAUCGACUUUAUGGGGCUGUGCAGUAUGCAUUGGGACCCUAAACAGUCAAAAAACAGUUUGGAGAUCACUCCAGACAAAACCUGUGUGGAAAAGGGGAAUUUUGUUACUUUGGUUCUUUGGCCAUUUCUAAACUUCAGACAGAGAAUCAAACCCUGUUUUGAGCAUUUUAACUUCAGUUCCUUAAAAAGGUGAAGAAAGUUUUUUGGAAGGAUCAAAAAUGUUUUGAUCCAGAGCUUUUUUUUAAACCCUUGCUUUGGGAAAAGAAACCAUGAGGAAAUAUUGAAAUGAGAAAGUCGUUUCAAACCAAAGAGUCAGGAGAGCUCAGUGAGAAUUUGCCGCCACUGACCGUGUCUGGAUUUUUGUCCUUAAUCCCCCCCCCCCUCCUCUGCCCCUAAUUCCUAUAUAUAUUUUGAUGACAAAAAUUUUACAAAACACUUGGGUAUCCUUGAAUCUGCAAUGCUGAUCAGAAAAAAAUUCAGUGCGCAAAUUUUCCUGCUGCUGGUCUGAAGGGAUCUUUAGGGGAAAGGAGGCCACUAAAGAUUUCUUGCAGGCAAGGUUGUCUACUUGCAAGCAAGUAGAAAUCAUAUUUCUUCUCCAUUUGUUGCUUCAAAAGACAAGGGGAUAGCGUCCGACGGGCUGCUCUGAGCUCAAGGAGGUCCACGGUGGCUGCUGGGUCUGGGGUCCCCCCCGGCCUCCCUGCAGACCCUGCUCCAGCCACCCCCACCUGAUAUUUCUUCCCUCUCUCCUUUGAGGCCAAAAAGCGGCAGUGGGCUGGAAUCGCCCCGUGAGCCUCCUUUGGCCUGGCAGCUCCUAAAAAUGUGAGCUGCCUUUGAGAAUGAAGGCUUUGCCGGCGGUCUGCCUCUCGGACGUGGUGGGACCCCCGUUUCACCAUCUGAUGAGAAGAUGGCUUCCUGCGGGUGCCCGGUAGGGUGGUCUAUACAUGAAAUCAGUGCUUGAAAAUGUAAAUGUUACAAAUUAUGGCUUUUUCUUUAUUUCUUUACCGUUGCCUUUCAACAUAUUUACCAUUUACCUUUCAACGUCAGCAGGAUGAAAGGGAACGAGAGGACUGCAGGUCCAUUUUCCAUAGGUUUUUGGCUUGCCUGCAGAUGGUGCUGCUCUGAAGUGGUGACCAGAUGAGGGUCUCCCCACGGCAGCCUGGCACAUCCCCUCCUGUGCCCCCACAAGGGAUGCUCGUGCUGUGACCACACGUGGCUGAGCGCUGCCACAAACUGCCCGCUGCUUGCUCCUGGGAAGAAAUCUGCAGGAACUGUGUGCGCAACAAAUUGGUGGAGAAAAAACAGAAGAAAAAAAAAAAAAAGAGAACUUCUAAAAACAGCAACAAACUCUCUCUUUUUUUUUUUUUAAAGUCCAUAUCAACUUCUUACACAAGCGACGUUUUGCAGAUGACUGGUUACUUCAGGUAGUUUUUGUCUACAAUUUGGAGUCAUUGUAAAGUAUCCAAAGAAGCUAAGUACUGUAUAACCUACAAGAACUUGAAGCAAGGUGUUUUUUUUUGUCUCGAUUUGUUUGUUGUUUUUUUUUUUUUCUAUUUGUCUAUGGGGGAAAACAUUUGCAAUUUUCUAUUUAUAACUAUUUUUAUGUGAUUGCUUUACGUACAAAACAAUGGGGAAAAAAAAAAAAACAAAACAAAAACAAAAAAAAAAGGAGGGAGAAACACACACACAAACGAAUUUGCCUUAGUUACUCACGGGACAAUCACCCUUAACUUUCA